CGCGUCGACGACGAUUCAUGAAAGCGGCGACGAAAACGCCGGAUCCACUACUGCAUCUCGAUGUAACGACAUUUCCGGAAGGCGAACCAACGUCCGCUCGUGAAAUUUUUGGCAUCGACAACACGCUGUUCGAAAGAACGUAUCUUUUAUAUUAAUCUAUAUUAAACAUGUCAGAAGAACAUCAGUUACCUUCUGACUCAGAUGAAGAUGACGAAGAUUAUGUUCCUGAUGGUGCCGACAGUGAUCCAGUGUCUGAAGUAGAAUCUGAAGGUGAUAUUGAAAGUCCAGAGGAUGAAAAUGAUGAAAACAAGAGAGAAACUGAACAGAAAAAAGGUGCAAAGAGAUCUAAGGGUCGAAAGAGUAAAAAGACAAAGCGCAGGAGAACUUUAGAAAAGUCGAAAAUAUCUGAAGAAGAAAGUAAAGAAGAUGAAGAAUGUAAAGAAAAAAAAGAACUCACUGAAGAAGAAGAGAAAAAGAGAGCAGAUUCUCUUUGGGCUGACUUUAUGAAGGAUACCGCUGUUGUAUCGAAAUCAAAGCCACAGAAUACAAUAAAUAGAUCAAACGAGAGAUCGCCACCAGUAGUUCAAAAACCAAAAGUCCAAGAAAAGGUUAAGAUAACUAAGGUUUUUGAAUUUGCUGGUGAAGAAGUGAAGGUCGAGAAGGAAGUAUCGAUUGAUUCCGCGGAGGCCAGACUAUCUGUUUCCACAGCCGAAAAUUCCACCGCGAAGCCAUUGGAGUCGGUAUCUCCCGCGGUAAAAGAACGCGGGCGAGGCGGCAUUCGACGCGUCGGAUUAGGCGGUAUUUCUUCAGUUCUCGGACAAAUCGGAAAAAAGGCCAAAAUUAGUACAUUAGAAAAAUCCAAGUUAGACUGGGACAACUUCAAAAAACAGGAAAACAUUGAGGAAGAGCUUAAUACUCACAACAAAGGCAAGGAUGGAUAUUUAGAAAGGCAAGAUUUUUUGCAGAGAGCGGACCUACGGCAGUUUGAAAUCGAGAAACAGUUACGGAAUUCUAGCAGACGUAGCACGCGAUGAAUUCGCAUUUCCUCAAUGUUUAAAUGCGUCUCUUCCUUCGGGAUUGGACGACGAGAUAAUAAUAUCAUGGUAGAAGAUAUUUACUCGCCGACUUGCCAAACUCGAACGCUUGCACACUUUUAGCCUAAUUCGUUCGAGUUUUGCGCUAUACUUUGAGUAAUACGCAAAAAAAGCGUUGCCUCGCGUUCAACUUGACAGCAUUACUACUGUUAGCGAUCGGUGGUUUCUUUGAAGAGAGAGACCGAUCAUUCCAGUUUUGAGACUCAUUUUCUCAUGCGUACGUAAUGUAAUAGCUUAAUUUACUCUCAGCGAGCCUUCGUCUCGGCCUGAUGACCACACGGAACUUCGCAUCGAAGCAGAUUGUUCGAAGCUUUUGACGCUUCUUAAAAAAAUUGUGCCCAUGUAGAACAUGUCCACAAAAUAUUUUUUUAUUUCAUUUCAAUGGAAACGCGCGAUAUGUUUACAUGUGUAGUAUGACUAUGAGUAUACGCGACAUUCUGAUAAUAAUGAUUAGUCGAACGUUACGAGUGAAUACGAAGGAAUAUGUGUUUUAGGUAAUAUAACAAAAUGAUAACAUAAUGAUGACAUUGAUUGACCUCAUUCAUGACCACUGCCUCUGGCAAUGUAUGUGGAAUAUUUAUAAAUGGACCUCGUAAUAGAUGACAUAGAUUAUGUUGAGGCAGUUGCGGCGAAUUUUAUAUAUCAUCUUCGUCUGAAAUUGUUACAUAGAAAGGUAUAGAUAGUAUGACGUAUUAAACACAGACAUUGUUACUUUCAUGUAUGUUAGACAGCAAUAUUGACCCAACACAUACAUAAAUGUACUCAGUAUCCAAUUGAUAAUCUUCGAUUCAGCUCAGGUUACAAUUCCCUCGAUAUACCGAAUUUGAGAUACAUUUUAGUGUAAUUCACACAAUGACUGCUUUACAUUUGUGAAUUCUUUAAUAAUAUUACUGAAUAAAUUGUCAAAAAAGAGAUGAUAUUUACUCUUUUCAAAAUAUCAAGACUUGCAACCGGUUCAACAGUUAUAGAGUUUGAAAAUAAUAUGAAAGAAAUUGUUAUAUAUAUAAUUUUUUUUCUCUCUGUAAUUGCUUUAUUUUAUACACAUAUAUAACAAUAAAAUGAGAAACAACAAGCUGGAUGGAUGGUAAAAUUGGUUUUAAUUUUUUUGAAUUAAAAUGUUUUACUUCUAUUUUUAAAAAAACCUAUCCUUACAUUCUUGUAAUGAAUAACAUGUGAAUAAUAUUCUUAUUAUUCAUAUUUUUAAUAAUAUUCAGUAUUAAAAAUAGACUCGUUAUAAAAUUUUCGUGUUGGACGAAUUCGGAUUUUAUACGUUUCAUAGGAAACAAAAUAUAGAUACACAUAUCUUAAAAUAUUCUAAACUGUUUAGAGAAUAUCAAUCCAUCCAAUUAUUUAAUUAAUGUUAUUUUGUCACCAAACUAAUUACAUAAACACUAAAUCUGUCGAUUCCUCUGCGAACAGUAUUUAAUCCUCUGGUAAUCAUGCUCCGUUCUUCACUGCAAAUUUUGAUAAUAAAAAAAUUGAAGUCGUUAACGAAACGUAAUCUCUUAGUAAGAAAUACGAACUUAUAUAAGAAAUGUGCUAACUUUGGUUUUGCUAGCGAUAAUUUGUGCGAACGUUUGAAUGCGAGUUUUCUCUCGCUGUUCGAUGGGCCUGCUGUAUUUUUACCCACUUGUGUAUCAUUCUUCAAUGUACUUCUGCGUGUCACUCGUUUCGUCCCUUCUUGUCCGUCCUGUAAAAAGUCAAUGAUUCGCACCACUGUAACACUUUAUCUCGAUAUUUUUGUGUAUUUAAUUAUAUCCCCUUUUUUAUUACUUUAUCAUCAAGCUCCUCGCUUAAUACAUUCUUUAACAAAAUAAAAUGUACUUUUUCAA